GUAAACUUUGUUGUUUAGUUAAUUGUUUCAGCUAGCAAUUCAAACGAAUCAUCCUAUAAGUCAAUUAUAAAUACUGACAAGUUGCCGAAUGAUUAGGGAUAGUAUAUUUUUGCUAUCAAUAAAUCUGUAAUUAACUUCAAUAUUCACUAUGUGAGAUGAUUUCUUUGGUGAUCCAUCAAUAACAAGAGUCCAGAAAGAGGUAUAACCUGAUCUUAAAUUGCUCAUUGCAUGAUGGACCUUGUUAUCUUGCAUGCACUCAACUUUAUAUAAAUAGUUACCUUUUAUCUUACUUUGCACUAAACAGAUUAACCUAGUUAUAUAAGGAUAGUUUGCAGAUUUACCGUUAAGUACUCAUCCCCCUCCAUGGUUGGCCAAGAUGCACCUAUUCUAGCUGUAACUUUCACCUUCUAAAGUUCAACUUAGUUUGGGUCCAACUACACAGGUUGAACCCCAUAAGAAGGUGCAUAAAAGCCUUCAGAUUGCCAGGGAAGUUUGUGGAAUGUCAUAUCUUGCAUUAUGCAGAUUAGAGGACUUUAUAGAGGUGCAACAUCAUCUUUUGUUGGGAUGGCUUUUGAGAGUUCGCUUCUUUUUGGCAUUUAUUCCCAAACAAAGCAGUCACUACAGGGAGGUGUACAAAGUAGUGGCCCACAGCUCCAAGUAAUAAUUCCUUCUGCAGCUUAUAGCGGAGCUCUUAUCAGCUUUGUGUUAUGUCCAUCAGAGCUUGUGAAGUGUAGGAUGCAAGUUCAAGGCACCGACUCUUUGGUUCCAAGGUCAAGGAGAUACAGUAGUCCCCUUGAUUGCGCCCUUAAAGCCGUAAAAACAGAAGGGGUUACGGGCAUUUUUCGUGGAGGUUUUACAACAUUGCUAAGAGAAACUAUUGGCAAUGCAGUCUUUUUUAGCGUUUAUGAGUAUGUCCGUUAUUACAUGCAUUCACGACUAAAAGCUGCUUCAUCUGAAAACAGCCACUUGAUUGACGUGGGGAUUGGGAUUGUGAGUGGUGGCCUUGGUGGUGUUGGUUUUUGGACUGCUGUUUUGCCCCUCGAUGUGGCAAAAACCUUAAUUCAGACUACCCCAGAUAAAAGUUCUACAAGAAAUCCUUUUCAAAUCUUGAGCUCGAUUUACAGGAGGGCUGGAGUUAAAGGAUGCUAUACAGGUCUUGGUCCUACCAUAGUUCGGGCUUUUCCUGCCAAUGCAGCAGCAAUCGUUACUUGGGAGCUAGCUAUGAAACUUUUAGGCAUCAGGCAUGACUGAGGACGGCGUUUUGUUCUUCAAUUACCAAAUGCUUUAAUUUUCUCUCCCGGCCCAUUACCUACAGCACAUCCACUCGUUUCUGCUUGCCAAGAUUUCAUCCAGAAAGUUAUUGACACGGUCUGACCUGGGAGUGCUGAUAUUUCACUUGAUUUUUUGGAAAUGAAGCUCCAACAUCUUAUUUGAUAGUCCAUUAAUUAGCAGGAUGGACUGACAAAAGUGAUUUCUUUUGAAUCAUUGUGAUUUUUCUUUUAAGAGCCUCUUCGCCGCUGCUUCGCCCCUUUUUCCAUUGUAGGGUGGUUGCAAGAUUGACUUAAUAGAGUCGUUGAAGAUGAUGCUCAUGCAUUUCAGUUUAAGUUAGGUGAGCUUGAGCUUUGUAAAAUUUUCAAGACUGAUUGUAAUGCUCGUUAGCUUGCAACAUUUUUUAAGUGCUGGACAAGUCUGCUCAGGAAAUAUAAAUUGUUACCUCUAUGAAUGAUUAUGAUGAUAUCUCAAAUUGAA